UUAAUAAACAAUGAAUCCUCAUACAUUUGCUUUCGUGAUGAUAAACAGCCCUAAUUUUAGUUCCUAUGACUUUAGUUUCUGGUGACGAAUAUUGGCGUCAGUUGUAAAGCAAGACCAGUGACGAACAUAUGGGUAAUCGUGAAACCGAGUCACGAAUAAAUAUGAAAACUCAUACUAUAUAGUUACGAAUUACGAAUUUCGAAUUUAUUAUACAAUAAGAAACUGGAAUGACUCACGAACAAUUCUGAAAAUAUAUUGAAGAGAAAUAGUGUCCUCAGAUGGUGCUGUAUAGAAAAAGUAUUAAAAUUUAAUUUUACUGUACAGGUCAUCAACCAUCACUGGAAUUAUUCUAUAGUAUGAGUGAAGUUUCUAAUGCUGAAUUAACAUAUGACUAUAUUCCAUUAGACAUUAAAGUACCAAACGUUGCAGUGACAAUAAUAAUCAUGGCUAAUGAACGAUUGCUUUGAGAUCAAUCACAAAGCUCUGGAAUCUACUGUGAAAAAACUUGAGUACUGAGAAGGUACUGAGAAAUUAAUGAAAAGAUACCAGAAGACUUCAAUAACUUAUAAAAAGUAGAUUUUCGACAUAAGUGUGAAAAUAAAGUUACCAAAUUAGAGGAAAUUAUCAGUAAUUAAAGUCUAGUGAUGUUAACUUCAAAUGCAUCAAGCUUUUGAAAGUUAUUGUAAAAACAAUAGAAAAAAUUAUAAGUUAAUAAUGGAAGAACUAUAAAGAUUCUAGAUCCUACCUUCUGUGAAAAUUAAGCUUUUGGAAGAAAAUGACAGUUUUGGCCAAAAUGGAAGUCUCUGAUCUAUAAACGUUCUUAAAAUAUAAACUUUGGCGAAAAAUCAAGUUUCAGAGCUACGAUACAAGUGCCGACCAAUAUGGAGGACUCCACCCACACCCCAAACGCCCAUUGGACCAUCUGGGCGUGGAACAAGUCCGAAAGCUCUCCCGAUGACCUCACGCAAGACUUCCUGCUCCUGACGAGAUCCAGCACUAGGGAGAACGCCUCUGUCCUCUGGCCUAACAGCUCCCUCCGGGGGGAGAACCUUGACAUCUGGGAGCUCUCUCCUGAAGGAGGGUUAGAUAACCAGUCCUUCGCCCUCGGCAGUAACCUGACUGGCAAUGAGACCGAGUACCUGCCCUACAACCUCCGCCCGGAGACUUACCUGGUUCCUGUGCUCUUCGCCAUCAUCUUCCUGACGGGGGUGAUUGGCAACGGAGCUCUCAUCUUCAUGUUUCUGAAGCAUCCGAAGCUGUGGAGCGCCCCAAACAUCCACCUGGUGUCCUUAGCAGCCGGUGACCUCCUAAUGGUACUACUGACUGUUCCCUUCACGUCCAUGGUUUACACAGUACCCUCGUACCCAUUCGGCGAGUCAGUGUGCCGGGCAUCCGAAUUCGCCAAGGAUCUCAGCCUGGGCAUCACCGUCUUCACCCUGACUGCCCUGAGCGCGGACCGAUACCUGGCCAUUGUGAGACCCGUCUCCACCCACGUGUCAGAGCACGCCCGGAAGAUCGCCAUAGGCUUAGCCAUUGGCAUAUGGGUGCUGUCAGCCAUCUUGGCAGCCCCCGCAGCCGUCUUCUCCCAAGUCCCUGUCUUGUUCACCCCCAGGGGAGACGAAUUCUACAUCUGCACCCCAUUUCCAAAGCACCUAGGGGAGCUGUACCCGAAAAUCCACACUCUUGUCAGGGUCACACUAUACUACCUGCUUCCGCUGUCCCUCAUCGGGUUCUUCUACGUCAUGAUGGCGCACCAUCUCCUUGUGUCCGCCAGACACCUUCCCGGAGAGGGCGCGGGCGCCGCGGGCCAGCAGAGGCAGGUCCAGGCCAGGAGGAAGGUGGCCAAGAUGGUACUGGCCUUCGUGAUCAUCUUCGCCAUCUGCUUCUUGCCCAUCAACAUCUACAUCCUGUGGUGGCACUUCUGCCCGAGUUCCCAGGACGACUACAACGUCUACUGGCACUCCUUCAGGAUAGUCGGCUUCUGCCUCUCCUUCAUCAACUCCUGCAUCAAUCCCAUCGCCCUGUACUGCGUGAGCGGGACCUUUCGGAAGUACUACAACCGCCACGUCUUCUGCUGGUGCGUCAGCAGGAGGAAGCUGCAGCGGGACUUCGACGGGACGGAGUGCACCCAGGCGUCGAGGUGCACCCAGAGGACUGUGGAGAUGCCCCUGAGUGUGAUUGGUGCUAAAAAUGGCGCCCAGCCCGCAGCCCCGCAUCGCCUCACUCUCACGAACACGGCCGUCCUCACCUCCAAACCUUAUCACAAUCCAUCGUCUAUAGUAUGAUCGCUUUCGUCUCCUCGGCCUUCUGGGACUUCUACAUAGUAGAUGUAUGUAGAUCAGCUUCUUAGUCUCAUCCCUGUACAAUAACUGUUAUGCAACCACUUAUACACCUUUCUUUGUCAUUUUCUUUCUUUGCUCACUGUAAAUAGGCCUCCAGUCCAAACCACAGUCCAUUAUAUAGUGUAAGAUCUCAUUUGGAACAUCCUUUAGUAGUGAUUUUAUAGAUUCAAUAGACGCUCAUCCAACCAUUAUCAUGAUACAUUGCCUAAUACUUUGUCUUUGACUUUAACAUACUUUUUAAUCUCUUGGUAACCAUUUCCUGUCAUCACUACAUAUCCUUUAUUGUAAGAUCUUAAUCAUCUUCAAAUCCUAUCGUAAAUUGUUAUAGAUUUCGAUGAAUAGCCAGCCAAUCCUACACUGGUGAAAUUGCCAUUCAUUUCUAUGUAUUAAUGUCCAGUAUAUGUUCAGUGAGUAAAAUCACAGUACAAUCAGUUCAGACACAUGAAGAAAAUAUUGCACUGACUCACAUGAUCGCAUUUGUGUAUCCCAGAAAACGUAGUGCUGUGCAUAAAAUGUACAGAAAUAUAAUCAUAUAAACAGACUGCAUCAGAGGUUCACAGACAUCCGCAAAUAAGUGAUUUUUCUUCUUGUUUAAGUCUUAGUGAGGGCUUCUUGGCACAGUGAUCGCAAGUGUUCCAUGUGUGGGGAUGUGUAUUCUGAACCAUCGGUUGUAAAUAUACGUUUUACAAGAAACUAUCGAAGUAUGAAUAACAGGUAAUCUGGAAAACACUCAAAACUGAGGCCAUGACUAUAGUAGAUUCACAUCAACCGUGCAUUUGAUGUCUAGGCCAGUCCCUUACGACGCUCCUGAUUGGCUGUUGAUAAGCCAAUCACAGGGCUGGAAACUCUCAGCCUCCCUCGAGAGUUCACAUAGGUAGGAUCUAUGUUCCACGACUCCUGAAAGACGUACACCUCAGGAGAGGUGGAACAUACAUCCUGCCUAUGUGAACUCUCUCGAGAGACUGAGAGAUUCCAGGCCUGUGAUUGGCUUAUCAACAGCCAAUCAGGAGCGUCGUAAGGGACUGGCCUAUACAUCAAAUGCACGGUUGAUGUGAAUCUACUAUGGUCAAAGAACGUUGUCACAUUAUCAGAUCACGAUGAAAAGCAUUUGUGUAAAUAGGAACUGGCCGGAUUUAAGUGAUCCUAACUGGAAAUGCAAAAACUACUUAAAUUCGAAAACGAAUAUGAAGUGUAUUUGGUACUAGACCUCUUCAACUCUGCCAGGAAUUGAAUCAUGAUAACGACUGUUAGAUGCUUCACGCCCCAUGAGCUGUAAAACAUAUCAUUUCUUAAGUGUAAAUAUGUAUUCAUCUUUGUGAAAGAAACGCUUAUAUAUCUUCAUCGUAUUCUGCAUUCACUGUAUCGUGGUUUGUCACUGUCAUUAUAAAACCCUUCCCACACUUCGAUGAAGAAGAUUGAUUGGUUGCAAAUUUAUCUGGGCAGCCAUAGAGAUCAAUAGAGCAACUGCCAUGUGCCAAUCAUUCUUAAACACUUCACUGAAUGUUCAAUAUUUCUCAUAGACACUGCUGAUUGGGUGAAUGGUGAUGAACUGGUGUAAGAAGGAUCCUGAUCAUUAAAACAAGCCAGUCUGAUGUCUAUCCAAUCAAUCUUAUACAAGACAGGCAGCCACUUAGCCGACUAAAGUGCCACUGAAAUCAUUAAAAAUGUCAUUUAAAACUUUCGAAAUGUCAUCUCAAACAUUUAAAAUGUCAUUUAAACCAUUUGAAUGCCAUUUAAACCAUCUAAUGCAAUCUAAACCAUUUGAAAUCCUAGUUUAUCACUUAAAACGUCAUUUAACCACUUAAAUGCCAUUUGAACCAUUGAAAAUGCCAUUUAAAACAUUGAAAAUACCAUCUAAACCGUUUAAAAUGUCAUUCAAUCCAUCUAAAAGGUCAUUGGACCAUUUAAAACCUCAUUUAAACCAUUUAGAAUAUCAUUUAAUAUUCAAAAUGCUAUUUGAACCAAACAAACUGUUUUAAAUUAGUUUAAAGGUCUUUGUGGGCGGGGUUAAGGGACACGCUGAAUCCUUUAGCCCCGCCCACUUUUCAUUUGAAGACUUUAGAGAGCAAAAAGGGAGGAUGUAAGUGAAAUAUGUGAUUCAAUCUGUUGUUGCUCAUGUAGUUGUGUGUAAUGCUGUUGAUGUUUCAGUGUUAAAUAGUCAUUCUAGAUUGCUUGUGCCUCAUUAGGUUGGUUAAGUGCUUUUUGCAAAGACUGUUUGGGUGUUCAAUGUCACUCUAUUUUUUUAUGGGGAAUCUUUGUAUCUAUGUAUAAAUAAUCAGUGAGUGUAUAUAUACACAUAUAUAUGUAUAUAUAUGUAUAUAUACAUACAAAUAUAUCAAUGUGCAUGUGAAUAUGCAUAUGUGUCCGUAAUAGACAAAUAUCAUGUAUAUAACUGUGAAAAUGCUGUAUAUGUAUAUAUAUACACGUGUUGUUAGGUUUUGAAAUAUAAAACAUUAUAUUACUUGUCCUCUGUUUUCUGAAAGAGCUAUAUGAAUAAAUCUAUGAAUAUAUAGAGAGCUAUUUAAAUAAAUGAAAAUUUACAUAUUAUAUAUACCGUAAGUGUGUGUGUGGGUGUGAGUGUCUCCGUGCACAGGCUUCCUUAUGUACCUGCUGUGAUUGCUGUGAUGAAAACACGUCUCAGAAAUAAAUAGAAGAGAUCCACGUUGCAGAAGGAGUGGAAUAUUCAACCUGAAUAACACGAGGAUUACGCAGAAUAUGGAAGAAUAUUUCCCAGGAGUUUAAAGGUAAAGAUAAACCAUAAGAAGUAUAUAAAAAAAAGAAGGUAUGACGACCGUUGCAGGAAAACUUGGAAUAAAUGUCAC